CCCCUCUCCCAGACCCCAGGGGAGACCCUCCCCCAUGGAGGAGACGUCGGUGAGCAGCGAGGAUUUCGACCUGAACGAGGCCUCAUGGACGUCGGCUGAGCCGCGCCUCCUCCACGCAGGCCUCGGCAGCCCCCCGCCGGACCCCGCCAUGCGCAGCCCCCAGGGCCUCCACAGCCACGACGACGACGACUCGUCGUCGGAGAGCUGCGGCGGCGGGCCCGCCUCGGCCACCCUGAACCCGGCGGCGGCCAGCAGCACCCAGGGCGACUGCGCCUUCUCCGACAUGAACGGCCACGGCCCCGCCGACGACCAGCCCGUCGACCUCUGCGACAAGGCCCCCGCCCACCCCCAGGCCCCCUACGCGCCCGACGCCGACGGCGGCGGCCCCAGGGCCCGGGCCAAGUACGCCCUCAAAGGGACCCCCGAGUCCCCCCAGUACAGCUCGGGGAGCUACGAGUCGGCGCGGACGGAGGGGAGCGUCUGCCCCGAGGACCUGACCGUGGGCCGCCCGCCCCCGCCCCCGCCGCCCGACGACGAGGACGACGACGACGCGGACAAGAUGAACGACUCGGAGGGGCUCGACCCGGAGAGGCUCAAGGCCUUCAACAUGUUCGUGCGGCUGUUCGUGGACGAGAACCUGGACCGGAUGGUGCCCAUCUCCAAGCAGCCCAAGGAGAAGAUCCAGGCCAUCAUCGAGUCCUGCAGCCGCCAGUUCCCCGAGUUCCAGGAGCGGGCCCGGAAGCGCAUCCGCACCUACCUCAAGUCCUGCCGGCGCAUGAAGAAGAACGGCAUGGAGAUGACCAGGCCCACGCCUCCGCACCUGACCUCCGCCAUGGCCGAGAACAUCCUCGCCGCCGCCUGCGAGAGCGAGACCAGGAAAGCCGCCAAGAGGAUGCGGCUGGAGGUCUACCAGACUUCUCAGGACGAGCCCAUCGCCCUGGACAAGCCGCCCCCGGGCCCGCCCGCCCCCGCCGCGCCCGCCGCCACCUACGCCCAGGACCCCGUCUACGUCAACGGCACCCUCAAUUACAGCUACCGGGGCUACGGGGCCCUGGGGGCCGGACUGCAGACCCCCGCCUCCCUCCAGACCGCCAACCACAGUAACGGUCCCACGGAUCUCAGCAUGAAAGGUGGAGCCGCCGCCGCCACGGCCACCUCGGGCUCCGGCCCGGCCUCCUCCUCGUCCUCCUCGUCGUCCUCCUCGUCGUCGUCGUCGUCGUCCUCGUCGGCCCCCGCCUCCUCGUCCUGCUCGUCGUCCUCCAACAACAACAACAACAACAACAACGGUGGGAGCGGGGGCGGCGGGGGCGGCGGGAGCGGGGGCCGGGGGAUGACGACGGCCCAGCUGAGCCCCACGGAGAUCGGGGCCGUGCGCAAGCUCAUCGCCGGCUACCGCGAGUCGGCCGCCUUCCUGCUCCGCUCCGCCGACGAACUGGAAAACCUCAUCCUGCAGCAGAACUGAAAGCCCCCCCCCGGGGUGGGGGGGUCCCUGGGGGGACCCCUGGGCCGGGGGCAGGAAGGGUCAGAGGCCGCGACCGACCUUAGAAACCCCCUCCCCAUCGCCCCGUCGCUCCCUUUUCCGUCUUAGGUGAAGCAGAGCUGCGUAUUUAUUAAGACCUUCUUCCUCCUCCUCCUCCUGUCACUCCUCCUCCUCCUCCUCCUCCUUUCGUAAUUUAUUUUUUUCUGAAA